AUGGGCGAUUUUGUGAAGGGCCACGAAUACGAAGAGGUUUUCUUUCCUUAUUUCCAAACUAAUAUUUUUGUUUUUUUAAGGUUUUAUGUGUUUUAAAAUGAAUAUUUAGUUUUAGAAAAAAAUUCAAAAAAAGAAUUUUAACAGUUUUUUUUGAGGGCCCAGAAUGAAAAAUGAUCGUAGUUUUUUUAGUUAUUUUUUUUUAAUUUUUCAACGGUAUCUUUAAUUUUCUUCGAAAAAGGUGUGUACAAACUUGCGACAAAAAUUUAAUUUUUUCACCUGUUUUCCGCAGAUGAGCUUUUUUUUCAUUCAAUUCUUUCACUCUUCAAAUUUUUCUAGGUUCCAGAAGUACUGAAGAUUAGUUUUUUACAGGAAGACCGAAAGAAUCUCUCGGGAGUAGUUCAGCCGGUGCCAAUGGGUCCCGAAGCGGUCCGAAUCGUCGAAGUCGUCGAGGAAACUGACCAUUCUUUCGAACUCAACACUGCGCUUCUCGAACAGAUUCUCCUUGACCCGAAAGUCGCCGAUAAGAAAGUUUGUUUUGAAAUUCGAAUUUUCAGCUUUUUUUCUUGUGCUCAAAGUGAUUCCGUGAAAGUUCAAAAAAACAGCCAUUAGAGAGUAAUAACAGAAUUUUCGAAGAGUCAGAGAUAAUUUUUGAAUUUUUGUGGAAAUUACUUUGAACACAGACUUGGUUUAUUAUACUAUUCGAAUAAAAAUUUCAACCUGAUGAAAUUUUUUUUAGCUUUCCGUAGUCUUUUUCCUAGUCUCUGAGUUUGAAUUUCACUAUUUCUCCCUGAAAACAUGUUCUCAUAAAAAAUAUUUUUUUAUGAUGAAAAAUCUGUUUGCAUGUGAAUUUUUUUGGAAAUUUCAAUUUUUUUCGCGAUUUUAAAGGCUCGAAAUUACGAAUUAGAGCUGGAAUUUUCAAUUUUUCAUCCUUGUUCUCAGGUCGCCGUGAUCGGAGUGGCUGGCGCCUACAGAAAAGGCAAAAGUUUUCUUCUCAACUUUUUCCUCCGCUAUUUGAAUUGGCGGUCACAAUCCGAUCGUAAGUGGAUACUUAAAUUUGAAAAGAAAAUUGCAUUUGUUCAGAAGUUGACGAUGAUACGAUAGAUUGGCUGUCGCCCGAGUCGCCACUCAAGGGAUUCUCGUGGCGCGGCGGCAGCGAACGCGACACCAAUGGAAUUCUUAUUUGGAGCAAACCGUUCCUGAUGAAGGACAGGAAUGGCGAAGAGGUACUGCAAUCAGAGAUUUUUCGAAAUUCACAUCUUAUUUUUCUAAUUUAGUUCUUCUAAAUCUUUUUUUCCUUUACAGUUAUUCAAAAUUUUGGUGUUUCUGAAUUGUAUUUCUCAAAUCAUAAACUUAAUUGGAAGCUAAUUUUUUUCCAGUUUUGAGUUUCAUUUAUAUGUCAAAAAGUUUAUUAAUUACGGGCAUUUUCAUCAUUUUGAUAAAUUGAAAAAAAUUUCAAACUUUUUUUCGACAAAGCCAAAAAGCUUUUUUUAUUUUUUUGACAAGAAAUUGAUGAAAAAAACUUAUAGGUUUUUUUAGUUUUUUUCGAAAAUAUGUUGAGAAAAAUUCUUUUUUCAUCUAAUUUUAAUUACUGAAGCCGUGUCCGAGGUAAUUCCGGUCGUUUUUGAGCUGUGACCCCUUAUUUUUCAAUAACUAGAAAUUUGUGCAGGUUUAGACUUUCGGAUCCUCUUUUGGUACAUCGAAAAGUGUUAUGACCGAUAUUUUAGAACAUCUGAAGCGUCAAGCAAAUUCAAAAAAAAAAAACUUUGAAACGAACUUCUCCAGAUCGCUGUUCUUCUGAUGGACACCCAAGGGGCCUUCGAUUCGCAGUCGACUGUCAAGGAUUGUGCCACCAUUUUCGCCCUUUCCACCAUGGUUUCCUCUGUUCAGGUGCUUUUGAUAAUGGAAAUAGGAAUAUCACAAAUUCUUUGCAGAUAUACAACCUCUCGCAAAACAUCCAGGAGGACGAUCUGCAGCACUUGCAACUCUUCACCGAGUAUGGCCGGCUGGCCCUCGAGGACGGCGCCGCCAAGCCUUUCCAGGUGAAAAAUAGAACUAGCAAAAGUGUUUAAAGGCGCAGGGUGGGUUGAAAUUAAUUGGUUUCGUCAAGAAUUUUCCCAGUAAUGAUUAAAAAAGUUUUUCGAUUUGAUUUUGAAGGUGAAAUGAUCUCCAAGAAGUCAGGUGAAAACUUUUUUCAGCCUAGUUUUGAAAAAUGCGUCAUUUUUAGUCACAUCCUCGGAAAAAUGGAUAAGGUUCUUUCAAAAAAUGUCUUUUAAGGGUCCCCAACAGAUUUUCUAAAUCUCAUUUUCAAUCCUUUUCACACCUUUUUACGAAAAGAGCCACCAAAAAGAGGCCUCUCACCGUCUCAAACUGGUUGUGAAUGGACUAUAAUUUCAGUCGCUUCUUUUCCUGGUCCGCGAUUGGUCGUUCCCUUAUGAGGCCGAGUACGGUUUCCAGGGCGGUCAGCGUAUUUUGGACAAGCGGUUAGAGGUAUUUUGAAACUCGAUCUCAGAAUAUUCUAAUCGAUUUCCUCCAGCUGAACGAGAAGCAACACGAGGAGCUGCAGCAGCUCCGAGUCCACAUCCGCAGUUGCUUCGAGAACAUCUCCUGCUUCUUGAUGCCUCAUCCCGGCCUCCGAGUCGCCACCAACCCCAAUUUCGAUGGCAAACUUGUUGGUAAGGAACUUCUCUCGGUAUUUUCUUCUAUACAAAUUUUUGGAUCUGAAGAUUUUCAUGCAUCCUCGAUUUUUUGAAAAAUCAUGAAGAUGGUGAAUAAUACUUUUUUUAUAAAAUGGUUUUGAAAUUUUUUUGAACGAUUUUCCAUUGGAAAAAUUUUUUUCAACGUUGUUUUUUUCUAUUGCCAUUCAUCAAAAAUGCGUCGUAAAUUUUUUUUGAUUUUUGGCGAUAUUUUUGAUGAAAAAAAUAACCUCUUUUUCUCAGUUUUAUUCAAUCGCCAUUAACUCUAUUUUCAAUCAUCUUUUUUUUCUACUUGAAGAAAUAUAUUUUUUUAAGGUUCAGGUUUUUUUAAAAAGUAGUUUUCUUCAUUUUUUUCCGUGCCAAAACUGUUGAAUUUUUUACAUUUUCAAAUGUUUAUGAGGUUUAAAACAACUAUAUGUGGGUUAAGUGUGAUUUUUGCGAAAUAAGUUUCAAGUUUUCAAAGUAUUUUAAAAUUUUCAGACCUUUUCAACGUCUUUUUUUUUACCGAACAGUAAGAAUUUGUUCAUUUUCCAGACAUCGAGAAGGAGUUCCAACAGCAACUGCGCGUGAUGGUGCCCAAGCUGCUCGAUUCAUUCAACUUGGCCCACAAGGAGAUCAACGGCCAGAAGAUCACGUGCCGCGGCCUCGUCGAGUACUUCAAGGCCUACAUGAAGAUCUUCCAAGGCCAGGAACUCCCCGAGCCCAAGUCCAUGCUGCUGGCCACCGCCGAGGCCAACAACCUCGCCGCCGUCGCUUCCGCCAGAGCCGUCUACCAGAGGCAGAUGGAGGAGGUUCGCUGGAGCGCAUUUGAGAAAAGAUCCUACAUAUAACUUGAAAAAAAAAGAAUCGCGGAAAGAGAUUCCAUUUUGAGAAAAAAAAAACUCUUUCGUACUCAAUUCAUCACUCUUCUAUACUCAAUUCAAUAAUAAUGACAGGAAACUAACUCAGCUAGUGAUAAAAAUGAAACUACUGUUUUACGAAAAGUUUUUAAAUAGAUCCUUUCCUCAGCUUUAUCAAUUGACCUAUUUCGAUCGAUACGUUAAAAUUAAUUGAGAAAAAAGACUAUUCUGAGAACGAUCAAUAAGCGAAUAAUUUAAAAAGUUUCGCUAACUCCUUUUCCCUGAGCAGAAAAAAGUUGUUUUUUUUGUUACUUUUCAUAGUUUUUUUUUGGUUUUUUUAAAUCAUAGGAGAGAAAUACCCGAAAUUUUAAAUAGUGGGUUAGAAAAAGAUAAUGGAGACUGAUUAAUUGGAAGAUCUCGAAAUUUUCAAUUCUUGUUUUUUUUGUAAAGUUUUUUUUUUGAUUUAAUUUUUGGGACCUGUCUUUUAUUAAAACAUUUUUGAACGGAAAGGUGUACUCAACUUUCAAAUAAUCACAAAAAUGGAGAGAAGAGCACUUUUUUCCAAUUUUGAUAAUUAUUUUUAGGUUUGCGGAGGUGAUUCGCCUUACAUGCCGACACAGGAGCUUCUUAAUCAUCAUGAACGUUGCAAGGUUUGGAAUUCUUCCAUUUUAGCGUUAAUAAUAAUCCGAAAACCUCAGAACGAAGCGAUCCGAGAGUUCCGAAGCGCCAGAAAGAUGGGCGGCGUCGAUUUCAGCUUGCAGUUUUUGGAUAAACUCACUCAGGAUAUUGAGGUUUUCAUGGAGUUUGAAAAAUCAUUUUUUUCCGAAUUUUAUGUAUUUUUGUUCAUUUUUUUAAGGCUUGAAAGAAAAUAUGGCCCUUUUGAGUUCAGAUAACGGCCUUUUAAAAAAGGUCAGACCGUCUGAAUUGAUUUUUUUUCUUUAAAUUUCGCUAAUAUUUCACUUCGAAACAUUUCCAGGAGUCGUACGAGAACCACCUGAAGGUGAACAACGGCAAGAACUUGUUCAAGGCGAUGAGGACCCCGGCCGUCUUGGCCUCGAUGAUGAUCAUCGACUACAUCCUUCAGGAGUUCUUCCAGCUCCUCGGUCUCAAUGGAAUCGCCGGUUUGUUUCUUUUUUUGCAGUAAAAUCAACCUGUCUUUUCUUAUCUAGUAUACUUUUUUUUAAGAAGAUUUUGGUUUCAGACAGGGUUUCCAUGAUUUUUCUAACCAUUUUUUUACCCUAUCAGUUUUUUUUGUCAAAAAUAAGGUUAUUCGAACCAUCCCAAUAUUCUCUCGUAACAUCCCAAAAUUUGCGGUUUCACUAUGAAUAUAAAACGUUGUUUCCCUUCCAAUGCCAAUGUUGUCUUCCCACUAUUAUCCGUCAAUCAAGUUUUUAGAACGAGUAGAUAAAAAUUUUGAAAUUUCGUCGAGAAGUUUCCAGGAUCAGCAUGAAUUUUUGAACUGACAUUAUGACCUCAAAAUGGUUUCUAAAAAAAAAAAAACGAAAAUCUUAUCCUCGACUUCAUUAUUAAACUGAUUCCAAAAGAAUUCCAGGAAUCUUCACGUCGAUCUCCUUCUUGGCGAUUUGCUCCCUCGGCGUUUGGGCCUAUUCGCGAUACUCGGGAAACAUGCGCGAGAUCGGAGGACUUGUCCGUUUUUCUUCUUCGAUUCUCAUUUUCGAUGAUCCGUCUUCAGAUUGACGACGCUGUGACUUAUGUCUGGACGAAUUUCAUCUCGCCCCACGCCGGCCAAAUGGGAGCCCUUGGCGGAGCUUUGAACAUCUCCGACACACUUUCCGGUAUCAACAACACGGCGAGGGUGAGUUUUGAUGGGGAAAAUGACAAGUUGAAAUGAAUUUGAGAAUUUUUUUUGUUGCUUAAAACAGUUCUAGAAAAUCGAAGUUCUAAGAAAUACUUUAAAUUUUUACCCGUAUACUAUAUUAGAUGGUAAAAAGAUUCUGUAAUGGCAUUUAAAACUAGAUAUAGCCCUGUUUUCCCGACUCGGAAUGAUAUGACUUCUCUGCGCCCUCUUCAUCUCUCGGCGAAUCUUUCAUGUUUACCUGCUAUUUUGAUGUUUCUCUAACCUCGCCGGCGAGGGAACAAAAAGACGCAGACACCCGAAAACUGUAAAGUCGUGGAUCUAACGAUCUUGAUGUACAUAUCUGCUUCACGGCUAGCUUUAGUCAUCGAAAAUGGGUCUUGAAAAGAAAAAUGAGAUAGUGCCGGGUUAGUAGAGAGCGCAGACAGCCACGCCUCUUAGCGUCCCAAGUUAGAUGUGAGUUGGCUAUAUCAACCCAGAGGUGCUUCGCGAAACUGGUUCCAGAAUUUAUUGAAUUUCAAGCGGCAUUCAAAAUUUAACUAUCUUCUCAAACCAGUUUGAGCAUAAACUUCUUUUUGUAGUCCGUUUUCCGCGUUUUAAAAGUUUUCGAGCGUCUGCGUCUCUCUUAUCCCUCACCAAUGAGAUCAAAGAAACAUAAAAAUACCACUUCAGUAUGAGAGAGUCGCGGAGGAUGGUGCAGAGAAGCCAUGUCAUUCAAAGUCGCCAGAAACGAACUAUGAAUAAUAUUUUAAUCGUUUUCGCUAUGUUUUUCCUUUAGGGAUCCAACUCCGCGACCAACGUAAGGAGCAAGAAGACCCAGUAA